GUAGACUCCAAUGAGGACAAGGCAAAGGCCUUGGCCACCGCCUUCUUCCCUCCACCUCCAGAGCAUACAGAUAUUGAUCCUGGGGGUGUCUACCCUCGGCUAGUAUGUAAAUUUCAGCCCAUCACUCGAGAUACUAUCCGUAGAAAUGCAGAUUGGCUGAGCAUGUAUAAGGCACCGGGUCCUGAUAGAAUCCCUAAUGUCGUUCUGGUGCAGUGCAUGGAUACACUGAUCGAAUUUUUAUUUCACCUGUAUAGAGCUUUCUUUGCCUUAGAUACAUACUUUGGUCCGUGGCGGGAGUUCACAACCAUUGUUCUUCGCAAACUGGGCAAGCCAAGAUACGAUGUUCCCAAGUCAUAUCGACCAAUUGCAUUGCUAAACACUACUGCUAAGCUGCUGUCUGCUAUUAUUGCCAAACAACUUACCUUUAUAGGAGAGAAGCACGAGGGAGUGCUACCACCCACACAUUUCAGAGGA